AUGGCCCGCUGCGGCGUUGGCCGCGAGCGUGUCGGGCCGGGCGCGCGACAUCGGCGGGCCUUUGUGCACCGCAAGGAGAAGGACCAGGGGGUGGAGAGCGAGGAGGUGGAGGCGGGGGCGGCUGGCGGUAACUCGAUUUGGUCACCUCGCGCCGGCGGCGCUGCCUUUCGGGGGCUGAUUGCGGGCUCGGGGGCGGCGGGACCGCCACGCCGCCUCCGCCACCGCCCCCAAUUAGCGACGAGCCCAGGCUCGCCGCUUCUCGUAUCGCCGCCGCCUAAUCCGGUUACCGCCCCGGCCCCUGCCUCUCUGCGGGUAGGCAGCCCGCGCUGCGCCUUGCCCGUCUCUUCGGAGACACCGCCAACUCCCGCCUACGCCGUGCCUCCACGGAGGCCGGCGGGCAGAUCACGUCGCGGACAGGUCGCGCGCUCUGACAAUGCACCGUCUGGGGGCGGCACCGCCGCCACCACCUCCGCCCCCGCGACCACCGCCGCCUCCAGCUGCUGGAACAGCCGCUACUGUGCUCUCCCCUGCCCUCGCCCUCCCCCUCCACCCCCUAGCCAGAGGAGCAAAGUUGUGGGCGGCGCCGGCGCCUGCGGACACCUGGGGCAAGUGGCAGCGCGGGCCGCGAGCGGCUCCGCGCCACGAGAUGGAUACAUGCGGCCGCCUAAUACAGCUAAUGGAACACACGGGCCGUGGGGUGGGGCGAGCGGCCGCCACGUGCCGGAGUUCUCACGGCAGCCAUUACCACCGCGCCACGGACGCGUCCUCGCCUCGCCCUCCUGCCUGCCAGCCUGA